UAGGUGUGUGAGCAAAUGAGUGUUAGGGUAUACGCUGGGCGUCUAAGUGGGUAAUGCCUUGGAUGUGACUUGGGUUGUCUCUGCUUGCCUGUAAAGAUUUCACUUUCCGCUCUAUGGGCUAGUAUCUAUGAGCGUCGGCCGUGUCUCUACACAUUUGAAUCUUAUUAACAGUACACAUAUUUUUCAUCCUCCCUAGGGCUGUGUCUGUAUGAAUGUGCAGGAGUCAGUGAGGAUGUGCAGGAGUGUCUGUGGGGGGCGGGGGGGUGCAUGGAGGCACAAUGGAUGGUAAUAUAUUUCCGAAAUCCAUAUGUGGGCAAGGGUGCCCCAGAUAUACUAAACCUUUUGUCCUUCAUCUCAUCCUCUGACUUAAGAAGAACCAUAGAUUUUGCAUUGGGGCCCUCUAGCUUACAAUUGCCCCAUCCUGGCCUGAACUCAGCCUCCUGUGAGGCCUCAGCCUCCUUCGUGACCACUCCUUGGCCUGCCUUCUCCAAUCUGCAUAGUUCAGGGAGGCUGUCUACUGCUAUCUCUAAGCACAUUGGCCAUGAUGUCAACCCAAAGAAAAACAGUUGUCCAUCUCCUUCCUUUUUCCCCACCCAAAAGUCAUUUCCUCUUAGUUCAUUACCUGGGAUUUUGAUGCUAUGUUUCCUCAGACUUAUUGAUACACACAGAAGGAAAAAAAAAAAAAAGGAACUUCUUGAAAUUCCCCCAGAAGGUUUUGAGAGCUGUUUUCAGUGUUGCAACUUGAAACAAGUCAGCUUCUAGUUUAAGUUUCUAUCAGAAAGCUCGGUAGGAGUAGGGUAUAUAAGCUCCAGUAGCAGCAGCAGCAACAGAAGAAGAAGUAACAACCGUUUCAUACCCAGCAAACUCUGCAGCUCAGCCAGAAACAAGAUGCUUCAGCAGCAGUUGGUCCUCUCCUGUUUUUCCCUGGUUUUACUGGCAUCACCCCUUCUGGCCAUAUGGGAACUGGAGAAAGAUGUUUAUGUUGUAGAGUUGGAUUGGUACCCUGAUGCCCCUGGAGAAAUGGUGGUCCUCACCUGCGAUACCCCUGAAGAAGAAGGCAUCACCUGGACCUCAGACCAGAGCAGUGAGGUCUUAGGCUCUGGCAAAACCUUGACCAUCCAAGUCAAAGAAUUCGGAGAUGCUGGCCAGUACACCUGUCACAAAGAGGGCAAGAUUCUGAGCCAGUCUCUCCUGCUGCUUCACAAAAAGGAAGAUGGCAUUUGGUCCACUGAUAUUUUAAAGGACCAGAAAGAACCCAAAAAUAAGACCUUUCUAAAAUGUAAAGCAAAGAAUUAUUCUGGACAUUUCACCUGCUGGUGGCUGACUGCAAUCAGUGCUGAUUUGAAAUUCAGUGUCAAAAGCAGCAGAGGCUCCUCUGACCCCCGAGGGGUGACGUGUGGAGCAGCGACACUCUCAGCAGAGAGGGUCAGAGUGGACAACAGGGAGUAUAAGAAGUACACAGUGGCGUGUCAAGAGGGCAAUUCGUGCCCCGCCGCUGAGGAGAGCCUGCCCAUUGAGGUCUUGGUGGAUGCUGUUCACAAGCUCAAGUAUGAAAACUACACUAGCAGCUUCUUCAUCAGGGACAUCAUCAAACCAGACCCACCCAAGAACCUGCAGCUAAAGCCAUUAAAGAAUUCCCGGCAUGUGGAGGUCAGCUGGGAGUACCCCGACACCUGGAGCACCCCACAUUCCUACUUCUCCCUGACAUUUUCUCUUCAGGUCCAGGGCAAGAACAAGAGAGAAAAGAAAGAUAGACUCUUCGUGGAUCAGACCUCAGCCAAGGUAACGUGCCACAAGGAUGCCAUGAUCCGCGUGCAAGCUCGGGACCGCUACUAUAGCUCAUCCUGGAGUGAAUGGGCAUCAGUGUCCUGCAGUUAGGUUCUACUCCCAGAAUGAAAUCUUGGAAGAAAAGUGGAAAAUAUGUAAAAGUUUUAAAAGACAUGAUCUAAUAGACCCCAAAAAGAUAUUUUCUACCUAAUUAGCAUUUUUUAGGAUCAUAGUGAUGUCUUUGCUGUAUUUUUAUAUUUAAAUUCUAAAUGCCCACUGAAACAAUCAGCUAAUUUAUUUAUAGAGUUUCCAACUUGCAAGUGCUAUUUAAGUAAUUUAUGUAUUUAUUUAUUAUGGUUAUUUAAUGUUUUUGUGCCAAGAUAUAUGUUUUACACUCUCAUGACCUGAUCCAUAAGGAAUGGGCCCUAUUAUGCAAAAUGUGAAUUUAUAUGUUAUUUAUACUGACAACUUUUCAACUGAGGCUGCCAGGGCAUCGGUUUUAUGACAACCAGUAAGAACACAAUGUUCUGAUGCCAGCAUCAUAAUAUGUUUAUGAUGGAUGAGAACACAAGAGAUAAUUAAAUAGACAUGGAGACAGGAACCCACUUGAGGAGAUGUUAGUUCCCAUAUCCAUGAAGACUCCUUGAAGUGGUGCUGGUAAUCCAGGGCCGCCUGCACUUCUAAGCAAGUUUAAUCGUUGGAUGCUUGUAUUUAGAAAGGGCUAAAAAAAAAUUUUUUUUUUAAAGAUUAAAAUUGAAGUUCGGCUUCAGCCUCUGUGGCAGUCCCUGCCCCAUCUAUCUGUAAGACAUAGGAGAGUGACAUAGAGACCUCAUAAGUGUCUGGGAUGUAAAAAGAUCGUACGAUUCAAGAGGGAAGACAAGUGUAGUUAUGGCUAAGGACAUAAAAUUGUCAGAAUUGCCAGUUGCUCCUUAAUAGCCACUCAAGAAAAGCAGACAGAUACAUAGAAAUGAUCAACAAUCACUUACUGGUCAGCGUGAGUGAACCUGACAAGCAGACAUGACCGGAAAGUGCCCAAACAUCGAGGUGCUACUAUUAAGUAAUGAAUGUGCUUUCUGUGAAGUGAUUCCAUUGGUUUUCUGUUUACUUAUUUAUUUUUACAUUCUGAUGAUGAAUUAAUAAAAAUGUAACAUUU